AUGAAACUUUUCCCCGUGCGGCUAUCCAACAUCAAUAAGAUGUUGGAUUUUUACUCCCAGUUUAAUCCAUCACCAUUGAGCAUUAAGCAAUUUAUCGAUUUCGGGCUAAAUGCAUGUCCUCGAAAGUCUUUUGUUUUCCUUCGCAAAGAGCUGCCGGUUCGAUUGGCGAAUAUCAUGAAAGAAAUCACUCUGCUACCCGAAAGUCUGCUACGAAUGCCCUCUGUUGGUUUGGUUAGUGCAUGGUACGUGAAAAGCUUCGAGGAAGUGCUCGCUUUCGAAAAAACCGACCCAACGGAAACCAACCUAGAGAAAUUUUGCAAAUCGCUGAUUCAGAUUCGUGACCGCCAUUCCGAUGUGGUGCAAACGAUGGCCCAAGGUAUACUGGAGCUCAAGGAAAGCCGUGAUGGAGCUAUCGAACCAUCGACUGAACUUUCGAUUCAAUACUUUCUGGAUCGUCUGUACAUGUCGCGUAUCAGUAUCAGAAUGCUCAUCAAUCAGCAUACUAUAUUGUUUGGUGAAAUACCACAAACCGGACGCCACAUCGGCAGCAUAGAUCCCUUGUGCGACCCCCACAUGGUUGUGAGGGAUGCGUACGAAAAUGCACGCUUUUUGUGUGAUCAAUACUACCUUGCUAGUCCCGAACUUGAAGUCAUAGAGCAUAAUGAGAUUGAUAAGGGUAAUCCCAUUAAGAUCGUUUACGUGCCGUCUCAUUUGUAUCACAUGCUGUUCGAGCUGUUCAAGAACUCGAUGCGUGCCGUAAUGGAACAUCACGGCACGGAAAACGAUGUGCCACCGAUUAAAGUUACCAUCGUGAAGGGUAAGGAGGAUAUAUGCGUGAAGAUGUCCGAUCAAGGCGGUGGCAUUCCCCGAUCGCAGGUGGAUCAACUGUUUAAGUACAUGUAUAGUACUGCGCCGCAACCUCCUAAAUCUAAAACAGAUUUGCCAUUGGUUCCGUUGGCAGGAUAUGGAUACGGGUUACCUAUUUCUAGAUUGUAUGCAAGAUACUUUCACGGUGAUUUGGUCCUGUUCUCCUGUGAAGGAUAUGGUUCCGAUGCAAUAAUCUAUCUGAAAGCAUUUUCAGAUGAAGCCAACGAGUUGCUACCAAUAUUCAAUAAAACCAGCACACGAUUCUACAAGGCAACAGUUCCAACUGGUGACUGGUCAAAUCAGAAUUCUGAUAUGAACUCUAAGCAAAUGAAUGCUCAAACCAGGCGAGUUGGCUCUUUCGGUACGAACACAUCUUGA